AUGGAAUAUUUAAAUGCAAUAUCAUCAAAUGAAGAUAGCAGUUCUACACAACUUAAUACUAAUUAUAAAAAAAAUGAUAAUACUAUAUCUGAUUUUACAAAAGCUUAUAAAGCUUUAACACAUUUUUUUGUAUGUUGUAGAAUUUCCUUUUCUGUUGUAGAUUCUCCUUUUUUUCAUGAUUUUGUGAAGAACUUAUACUUUGAAUAUGAAUUACCAAAGCAAACAAUUCUUUUAACUACUUAUUUGAAUGCAGAAACAGCUAAUAUAAAAAGAAGAAUUGCAUCAAGCAAAGAAUUUAACUUUGGUCCACUUGGACAAAGUAUUUAUGCAUUCAUAAUUAUAACUCCUACUCAAUCCCAAUAUAUAUAUUCAAUUGAUGAUUUUUUAUCUCAGCGUAAAGAUAAAUUUAUAGCAGUUGUUUCAGAUGUUGAAGCAGCUAUGCAAUCAGUAAAAAGAAAAGCAAAAACAAUACUUCAAAAAUGUCAAAAAAUUGUCACAUUUUUUCAUGAUGAAUAUAGAGCUGAAGAUGCAUUAUAUAAGAAAAUAAAAAAAAAUAAUAUUAAAUUGAUUCUUAGUCAUAAUGGCAUAAUAGGCAAUGAUAUAGCUGACAAAUUAGCAAAGAAAGGCCAAUGUGGAAACAAUUUAUUUAGGAAUAAUACUGGAAAGUUACUUGGCUUAUCUUCCAUUAUUGCAAGAGAUUUCACUGUAUUAGCAUGCGACUUAACUAUUUAUGAACCUUUAUUUAUAGCAAAAUUAUUUCACAAAAUCCUUCCUUUAGGAUCUAUUUUAGCAAUAAGAAAACCAAGACUCUACAAGGAAAUGAAAUGUAUUAUGAAAUGUAAUAAGAAGGAAAAUUGGAAUCAUUUAUUUGAAUGUGAAGAUUUUAUUAGAAGAGUAUUACAAAACAUAUUAGAAGUUACAGCAAAAUCAGAAAAAUUCCAAAAGUUUCAACAGCUGGCAUUGGAAGUGAAAGUCGAAAAUUUUUUAACAACAAAAUUACAAAAAGACUUUAAGAUAUCUCUUACUGAGGCACAGACACUUAUGGCUAAUAUUUUAAUUAGAUUUAUUUUAGCAUUUAAAGAAUUAAUAUGGAAAUCAAAAUGUGAACAAGUUAUUUUAUAG